AUGUCUACCUCGAACACCACCUCAUCGCGUUUCUCAACGACUACCGCGCCCCCACCUUACACAUCAUCAGAUGCCUACUCGGUAACAUCGGGAAAAUCCACCUCCAAGAGUCUUCUGAACAAGGUCUUCAACCGGAAAUCCUCAGAGACUUCAUCGAGAACCAGCGACCGAACGAGAACGGAUAAGGCGUACGAGGAGAAGGAAGUGUUACAUGCUGCGCGCGCGACUUACUUUUCUACACUCUAG